GUGCCAAGCAGCGAGUAACUGAAUAAAGAGAAACUUCUGCUUCAAGAUAUCCAAAAACGUCUCCUGGUCUCUAAGAAAAAAAAUUCACAACAGUGCUCUUUGUAAUAUUGUGGGAUAUUUAGUGGGAUAUUUAGUUAGUGCCUUAUGUUUGCUCUCAACAUUGCAUACUUAGAAAAUGACUGGUGUAAGCACUUGAAAUCUGGAGUUUUAAAAGCUAAUUCUCAUGACACAUUAACAACAGGGAGCUUGUAGAAAUAUUUUACAGCGCAUUAAACAAUACAAAUUUCUAGUCUCUGUUCAUGAAUCUGUUAAAUGUUGAUGCUCCUUUAAUGAAACCUGACCCAAGCACGCCGUGACUUCUGUUUAUGUAAGAACCUCGUGGAGUACAGCAGGCAGAGCUAAACUUACUACCGAACAGUUUUUGAAAUCCACUCGGACGUGUCCCUGCAAGGGGCCUUUAGCACAGUAUCUUUCAUGCCGAUGUUGUCCUGUACUGUAGCUAAAUAUAAGCUGCUUUGUGGGAAUUAAAAACUUAAGAAAUAACGAAAAUGGACGGUAUUUACACAGUAAGUCAGAUAAAUGGGGAUUUAAAACUGGAGAAAAGUGAUGAUGCUCAGUCAACGUCAAGUUCACAGGUUGUUUGUGGAGAGUGUCGAAAGAAACUCCGGAGUAUGUUACCGGUGAAUUAUAAAGAAGAAAUUGUAGAGCUGCUAAAACUGGCUGGACCAGUGUUUAUUUCUCAGCUGAUGAUCUUUCUGAUCAGCUUCAUCAGCACUGUAUUCUGUGGACACUUGGGGAAAACUGAACUGGCCGGUGUGGCUCUGGCUAUUGCUGUUAUUAAUGUGACUGGCAUCUCCAUUGGCUCUGGAUUGGCGUCUGCAUGUGAUACACUGAUCUCUCAGACGUUUGGCAGUAAUAAUCUGAAGCGGGUGGGUGUGAUACUGCAGAGAGGGAUUCUCAUCCUCCUGUUGGCCUGUUUCCCCUGCUGGGCACUGCUUAUCAACACAGAGCCCAUUCUUCUGGCUGUCAGACAGAGUCCAAGUGUGGCCAGUCUGUCACAACUCUAUGUAAAAAUAUUCAUGCCUGCUCUGCCUGCUGCCUUUAUGUAUCAACUGCAAGGAAGGUAUCUUCAAAAUCAGGGUAUUAUUUGGCCUCAGGUCAUCACAGGAGCAGCAGGAAACAUCCUCAAUGCUUUAAUAAACUACAUCUUCCUUCAUGUGCUUGAUCUUGGUGUGGCAGGAUCUGCUGCUGCAAACACUAUUUCCCAGUAUUCCUUGGCUGUGUUUCUCUAUGUGUACAUCCGCUGGAAGGGCCUGCAUAAAGCCACCUGGGAUGGCUGGUCUUGUGACUGUCUGCAGGAAUGGGGUGCCUUCAUUCGCUUGGCUUUUCCCAGCAUGCUCAUGCUGUGUGUAGAGUGGUGGACAUAUGAGAUUGGUGGAUUCCUGGCAGGGCUCAUCAGUGAGACUGAGCUGGGAGCCCAGUCUGUUGUGUAUGAGCUGGCCACUAUUGCAUAUAUGUUUCCACUGGGAUUUGCAGUGGCAGCCAGUGUGAGGGUAGGAAAUGCACUUGGAGCUGGAAACACAGAACAAGCCAAGCUGUCUGCCAAAGUAUCAUUAGCCUGUGGACUACUUGUUUCUUGUGUGGUUGCAACUUUAAUUGGAAGUACCAAAGAUAUUAUUGGAUACAUCUUUACCACAGAAGAGGAGAUAGUGCUAAGAGUAUCAGAGGUCAUGAUCAUGUAUGGCUUCUUUCAUCUAUUUGAUGCCAUUGCGGGCAUUACAGGUGGCAUUGUCAGAGGUGCUGGAAAGCAGCUGCUUGGUGCUCUUUGUAACAUUGUGGGAUAUUAUUUUGUAGGAUUCCCAACUGGAGUGUCUCUAAUGUUUGCUCUCAGCAUGGGAAUAAUCGGUCUGUGGAUUGGGUUUUUUGGAUGUGUUUUCCUACAAUCUUUGUUCUUUAUCAUCCUCAUUUGCAAACUGGACUGGAAAAAAGCGACUCAAGAGGCCUUGAUCAGAGCAGGUGUACAAGCCCCUAAGACCAAAGAUGAAUCUUACGCUAUGGAAAAUAAGGGCUGCACAGAAGAAAUAUCGCAGGAAUCCCGUCACGCUGAAGAAGGCCAGGCAGAUGCAAGCAAAGACCUGGAAGGGCUUAGUGAAGAAGAAGGAGGAAUAACAGACACUGGCACAAAGAUCACAGUUGGUGCCGUUUUGACCACCAAACAGCUGGUUGUCCGUCGAGGACUUGCGGUUUUCUUCAUGCUGCUUAUACUUGCUGGAGGGAUUGUGUUAAAUGAGGUCCUCACUGGAUUUCUCAGAUAAGCAUAAUAAAUACAGAGCUUUGUGCAGUUUUUAUUAUUAUUAUUUUUUUAUAUAUAUAAAAUCCACCACUGCCUGGACCACCUAAGCAAGAUUAAUAGUAUAUGAGGUAGAUAAUUAUUUUUUAUUUAUUUUUUUAUUUAUUUUUUUAAUUCAAAGCAGCGUUUUCUCUGAUAUCAGUUGUGUUACAGUAAUUUUAUCGUCGACUUACACUGUGAAAUUAAACAUUUAGAAGUCAUGUUUUUUUUUUUUUUUUUUUGUUUUU